AUGUGGAAAGCAAUGAAAACAUUGGGAAGGUUUUCAAAUGACUUGUCAAAAACUCUGAGGGCCCCACCUCUGAACAAUAAUAAGUUUAAUGUACUUCAUCUGUUUGAUGGUAUGAAGAAAAUAUACUGCUAUUGUGCAGUUGCCCUUUUGCUGGUAUGGGUCUUUGCUGCUGAUUACAAUCCAGGUUUUGGAAUUGGUAGAUUGGGUUCAAGGCCACCAAAAUGUGAGCACAAAUGUGGGGAUUGUGAGCCAUGCAUUGCUAUUAAAGUGCCCACCACACAAAUUGCAAACUAUCAGCCUGAAGCCUGGGAAUGCUACUGCCAAACAGCCCACAACAAUCCAUGA